AGUGCUAGUUUUUCCGUGCCGAUGUGCGUGAAGUUUCGUUUAUCACCGUUACCGCCGUUGUUCGUUCGUUUUACGGCUUCAUUUGUGAUCAGCCCGCGACACUCAUGAUAAUACGGCAGCUGCUUUCGCUGAAUUUUCGAAGUAUUAAACGCGUCCUAUCCUGGGUUAGACCCGCUACCACAAGUAUGGAGCAAGGAGAAGGUGGCAAGACGCUUUGCAGCGACGGGCUUGUUUGGAUCGACUUGGAGCUGACUGGCCUAGACCUGGAGAAAGAUCGCAUCUUGGAGGUGGCUUGUGUGGUGACGGACAAGGAUCUCAAUGCUAUCUCAGGGGGGCUCAACUUGGUGUUGCACCAACCAGAUGACAUUCUCGUGAAGAUGGGCGACUGGUGCAGGGAGCAGCAUGGGAAGUCGGGACUGACUGAGGCAUGCCGUAAGAGUCAUCUAACAGUCAAGGAGGCGGAAGACCAGCUCUGCACUUAUGUCGGGGGUCUGGUGACACCUGGCCAGUGUCCACUUGCUGGCAGCACAGUUUAUGUGGACCGUCGCUUUUUGCAGCGAGACAUGCCCCGGCUGGAUGCCUUGCUCCACUAUCGCAUCGUGGAUGUCAGCACUGUCAAGGAGCUUGCAAGGCGGUGGUUCAGGGAGGAGUAUUACCAAGCCCUGAAGCUGAAAACAGCAUCCCACAGGGCCAUGCCAGACAUUCUAGAGAGCAUAGAAGAGCUGAAGUUCUACCGGAAGAAGAUACUCGUGGCAAAAGAGUCUAGCAGCAGCAGCAGCAAAAUAGAAGCAAAUCUUUCUAGUUAACAAACUGUACUGCCGGUGACAGUGUAUAAGUGUUAUAUUCUUGAAAGGCUGCUUACUGCAGUACUCACACUUUCAUAUCACACACUGCAUCAUCAUGAAGCAUCAUCAUAAUCACCAGCCUGACUGCGCCCUCUGCAUGGCAAAGCCACCUUCUAUUUCUCGUCACUCAACUGGGUCCUGUGCUUGCUGCGACCACGAUAUCCACGCAAUCUUCUGAAAGGACCCUGGACUGCAAAAUUUUUGCUUGUGACUUUUUUACUGUAACUUAUAGCCUUGUGUUUGGUAAUGCCGAAAUUGAAUUGUAAAUGCUCUAAUGUAUCAUAUAAUUAAUGCUAGCAUCAUUUUUUGUGACCAAUUUUAGCGUCACUUCAAAAUGGCCACCUAUAAGCGUAAGAAACUAGUGCCCCACAUCAAGGGAGCGCCUCAGACCACACACGCUCAAGCUUCGGUGGCGCUGAACGUGCAGUUUUCAAAUCGGGGGACUCGUGCGCGGUGAAGAAUGAAAUUUAGAACAACAGAGAGCUGAGCUAGUUGGUAAGCCCGACAACAGAGUGAGGAACAAGAGCCCUCGUUGGGUGCCAGUCGCAGUUUCAUGUGCGGCCCGUGGAUGUUCCAAGACAUCGACAAUACUCGCUUUUUUGUGGAACAUCACAAGGGGCCUCUGUCUAUGUCAUACUAGUGGCGAUCUUGCGAGGUGCUGAAAACUCAGGUCAGCACUCACGCUUACUUUAAAACCAAAUUAAAAUAUCUUAAAGGAACGUUCGUUAGUCAUAAUCGGUCAGAAGUGCCCACGCAAGCAGGACUAUCAAACAGCACAAGCAUCUCGAGUUUCCAAAUUUGGUGUCGGGGGUCCUUUAAUCUCAUUUGCCCACCUAAACUCCUGUCUCCCCUUUGAGUGCUUGCCUUCUCUUGGAAUACAGUCUGUUACUCUUGAUGCUUAUCUUGCCUUCUUGCUACAUGCUGUGCUCAUGCCCAUUUCUUGAUUUUGACUGAGAUGUCCUUAACGCCCAUUUGUUUCCUGACCCACUCUGCUCUCUUCUUGUCCUUUAAAGUUACACCUUUCAUUUUCCUUUCCAUGGCCCGCUGCGUCAUCCUCAAUUUAAGUUGAAUCCUCUUUGUAAGCCUUUUUCUGCUUUGCACAUAAGUACGAGCCUUACACCUUUCUUCUUUGGAAUUUUUUUGCUUUCUUUAUAGAGGACUAUGGUGGCUGUGGAGCCGCUGUAAAUUUCUUCCAGUAUUUUUAUAUAUUUUUCGAUGCCCUGAUUCCGUAGUGCCUGCAUGAUUGCUGGGAUUUCGACCGAAUCAAAUGCUUUCUCGUAAUCUAUGAAGGCUAUGUGUAGGGGUUGGUUACUAUAUUCCGCUCAUUUCUCUAUCACUUGUUUGAUGGUAUGAGUAUGGUCAUCAAGCAUAAUCCUUUCCAAGAACAUUCAUUUGCGUCGCAUUUCACUUGCUUGGCAUGUCGGUGCACUCGUGAACUGUGAGGUGCGAAAAUAUUCAUCCCUAACUGGGGUCUGUUCAUAGAUAAACUAUGCCUUGUCAUG